AUAAGUUUACUCUAUGGCGAAAAGGAAUAAAAAAGGAUUUUAAAAGCGAAACAGAAAUGGAAAAACUAAACGAAAUUGACAAAGAAUCUAUUUCGUGGAAAUACGUGAAACAUGAAGGACUUAAUUUAAGUUAUUCGGUGCCAAUACCGAAAAAUGUGUCCAACCAAUUAUUCAUGGAACUCGAAAACGAGAUUAAAUACUUCACGGGAGAUUUAGCAAAAGUGAAGGUUUUUGGCAAAACGUAUCCUUUGCCCAGACAACAAGUGGCAUACGGAGAUGAUGGCAUAACCUACACAUACUCAGGGGUUACAGUACCCGCCCUACCGUGGCCUGCACCUGUUCUCGCGUUAAGGGAUUUUCUUUUCGGAAUAACGAGUAUCAGAUAUGAUUUCGUGUUGAUAAAUAAAUACAGAAACGGUAUAGAUCAUAUGGGCGAACAUAGGGACAAUGAACCAGAAUUGGACCCAAGCUACCCCAUCGCAUCUAUUUCUUUAGGACAGGAAAGACCGUUUGUAUUGAAACAUAGAGAUGCAAGAAAAUCUGGAAAAGAGAAAAGGCCAAUACCUACAGUAACGUUAAACUUGGAGAAUGGAAGCGUUUUGUUAAUGAAUCCGCCAACGAAUGAAAUCUGGUAUCACUCAUUACCAACAAGGAAGAAAUUACUAGGUGCAAGAAUAAAUUUAACGUUUCGAAAAAUGCGAAAGAAGAAUAAAUAA